UGUAAACAGUCUCGCUUGCAACCGACUGCCAUAAAAAUGUCAGGCUUAAAAGACGCAGAAAACUGGCGAUGUGGUGGGGAUUAUUAACAAUGUAGAUAACUACACUGCAUCAAUAUGAGGGGUCACUCUAGUGCAGGUACCGUAGAGUUUUUGUGCAGUCAGUGCUAAAGUCACGAAUAACAGAAACGCAGUAUGAAGCUAUUUAUAGAUCUGGGGAAGCCCUCUUUAGUGACAUGUAUCUAAAAAUACAUCUCAGUAAAACGAACAGAGCAGAGACUAUUUGUUAUACGUUGUCUGGAUGCAGCCAUACCCUCAGUUAGUACCAGCUUGAUUUGUUUUGCUUGUUUGAUGUUUACCAACCGCUGACUGAACAAGGUGCCCUGUAUCUAAGAAAACAGGGGACACGGCAUUGUCGGGAAGGAGCUGGUUCGGAGAAAAGCAGUCAAGUGUUACAGGUGAUGACAGUCAAGGUAAAAUGUAUUCAAUGUUCGAUGCCCCGUGCGCGUGUGUUAUAGCCAAGUGUUACCAGCUAAAGAGGAAUCGAAUCGUUCAUAAUGUGUGGUAAGUGACGCCUAGGGAUUAACAGUGUGGUAAAAAAAGGGACGUUAACCUACAUUGACCUACAUGAAUGACCUCUGACUGUGCAGCGUCUAUCGAGAUGCACGCCUUGCGCUAUUUCAUAUUGUGUGUGUUUAUUCGUUGUUGCGGAACGAGAAGUGUAAAACAGUAUAUCGACUCUAACAGAAGUGACAUUCGGGGAACUUUUCCUGACCCAAAGACGAAUGCCAAUGUUGGCGGUCCUGGUUCCAGGACAAUCAGUCAUUCAGACACAAACAUCAACGAGAAUGGGAACACACACAGCAGUGUACGGAACAAAUGGAAUUCUGAAGACCGAAAUUUUGGAGGAGAUAGCAGCCGCCAUCGAGACACCAAUUCUAACGGUCACCGAGAAACUAAGACCGGCGGUCGAGAAACCAAUUCUAACGGUCACCGAGAAACUAAGACCGGCGGUCGAGACACCAAUUCUAACGGUCACCGAGAAACUAAGACCGGCGGUCGAGAAACCAAUUCUAACGGUCACCGAGAAACUAAGACCGGCGGUGGAGAAACCAGGGGUAACGAACGCCGCCAGGAAACUAAUGCAAAUGUUCGAGACAACCCGGGGGCUGGGAAUGAUAGAAAAUUAGGGACAAACAGCAAUGUUCUGUUUAAUGUGAACCAUGGUAUCAGCGGACAACGGAGUACAAAGAGUAACGUGGGCCGUGAUGCAAAUAGAAGCGACAGGUACAACGGUGUCGAUGGGAACCUCACCAACUACUCCGUCCAGGACGGUGUGAAACACGACACCAGCCCCAACGAGUCGACGAACAAGAAAAAGGACGAGGGACCCAACGAGACGAUACGUGCUGCGAAAAAAAACGGACCCAGCCAUUCGCUUGGUGUGCGCAAGGAAGGUCGACAACAACCAACAUUUGAUGAAGCACCACCACCACCAUCCUCCAAGAUAACACAACGCAUCUUGUGUGCAUUCCUAGGGGUAGUGUGUGUUGUGCCUGUGUUGAUGGGUAUGGUGUUGCUUGUUUUUAAGUGUCAUGCAAGGCGUCAUCGGACUUCAACAGACAAUAUGUGUGACACACAGAUACAGAUGAUUUGAAGAAGGCAGAUCUACAAACGGUUUGGAAGAUGCGAUGUAUCGUACCUAUUAUUAUGCAUGAAGUUACAAGGUAUGGGUCAUUCACUGGCGACAUCGUACUUUAAAAACUGUGAAACUUAUAAAAUUGCUGUGGCUAGCGCACAAUUAUUUGUGGAUGUAUUGUUUGUAUAUAUUGACUUGUGAUUUACAGUCAUUUGUUGAUCUCACGCUUUGUAUUGUUACAGUAGACAAUCGUCUUUGUUGCAGUUAACUGUACAUAGUUGCGCCCCUUAGUUUACAAGGAUCCGAUGAGCGUGGGUCCGAAUCCUAGAUUCACCCCGAUUAUUAUCCUCAACCUCCUUAUUAUCCUGGGGCCCGAUACACAAAGCGUUCGACAGUCGCAGUCUUUGUUAAAGCGUGGGCGUUACGAUACCCUUACCGCUACGAACGCUUUGUUCAUCCGGCCCCAGUUCCGUUGGUUUCAGCAAAGUCUCAUCACUGUCAUAGACCAUCCUCGAAUUGUACUGCAUCUCUUUUUAUAAUACAGUAAACCUCGGUUAUAACGAACUCAAAGGGACUUCUAAUUUUAGUUCGUUAUAACCGUAGUUCGUUAUAAGCAUAUAUACAGCAUAACUACAGCAAAUAGUCGGGACCAAAAAGUAAGUUCGUUAUAUCCGUCAGUUCGUUAUAAGCGAGUUCGUUGAAACCGUAGUUGACUGUAGAUUGGAAUUUAUUACACUAUUGUGUGUUCAAGUGGGCGUCAAGUCUACCUCUCUCACUGUCUCCAUCCCCGUCACUCCUUGUUAGGUGAAGGAGUUCGUGACAAACUGUUUACAAGAUAUUCUUUAUCAUAUUGAUUUGUACGAUUGCUGAACAAAAAGAGUUGUUUGUUUUUUAUGAAAUUGUGUGCUUAGUCUUCACGAAAAAAUAUAUACCAAAAUAUUCAUGACCCCUAUUUUUUUCGUUAUUUUGUUAGUGCUUGUUUUUACACUCAGUAUUUCAGUAUCUCAGUAUAGUAUUCUCUCCUCCUAUCUCCUCCUCUCAGGAAUCUUCUCAUUCUGGCCUCUCAGGCCCCGUACAGGGCCGGGUCUUCAUGUGACAAUCGGGGGCACGGGUGGUCCAUUGUCUAAGGCGCCGCAAUUCGCUGGGCAGAGUUGCGUCCCUUGGGCACGCCAGAAACCUGUGGCUGUUUGUUCGAAUUCCCGUUCACCCCGGUAAUGUUUCAAGCUUUGUCAGCACCAUCCCCGUGCUUGUGGGUUUCACCGAAGUGGUGAACGUCUGAGACCUGCAUCACUUCGGACUUUCCUCCCACAUUAAGCUUGGGAAUGCUGUUCAAAGCGGCUUUAAACGUAACCCACUCAUCUGACAAUCUCUCUCAAUCAGACAGGUUUCAGGUUUCAUCAAAGUGUUAAUACCUGUUUUUCUCUCACAUGGAGCUGUCACGCCGUGAAUCAAAGCGGCAGAAAAUACAACUCACUCAUAUUCAUCCGGUCACGUGCUGAGGGUUAGAUACGACCACUAGUCCGCUAGACUUGGUUGGUUAGUUGGUUUGUUUGUUGUUUAACGCCGCACGCAGCAAUAUUCCAGCUAUAUGACGGCGGUCUGUGUAAAUAAUUGAGUCUGGACGAAACAAUCCAGUGAUUAAUAUCAUGAGCAUC